AUGCUGGGACAUCAACGCCAAUGCUUCCAUCUGGUGGGUCAUUCGAGGGCCUGUGAUUCUGUCCAUCCUGAUCAAUUUCAUCUUCUUCAUAAACAUUCUAAGAAUCCUGAUGAGAAAACUUAGAACACAAGAAACAAGAGGAAGUGAAACAAACCAUUAUAAGCGCCUGGCCAAGUCCACCCUCCUGCUGAUCCCACUCUUUGGCAUCCACUACAUUGUCUUCGCCUUCUCCCCAGAGGACGCCAUGGAGGUCCAGCUGUUCUUCGAACUGGCCCUGGGCUCCUUCCAG